AUGACCAAAGUUGCUCAAAAUGUGGUCAGUACUGGUGAAGUGAAAUCAGUGACCGAGGGAGAUUCUAUCACUCUACACACUGAUGUCCAUACACAGAGAGAUGAUCUGAUACUGUGGAGGUUUGGAGAUGAUGGUGUUCUCAUAGCUAAAGUGGAUAAAGAAGACAAUAAGAGCUCAAUAUAUGAUGCUGAUGGGAGAUUCAGAGACAGACUGAAGCUGGAUCCUCACACUGGAUCUCUCAUCAUCACAAACACUAAAACCACAGACACUGGACUUUAUAAACUAAAGAUCAGCACCAAUAGAGACACAAAAUCCAAGACAUUCAGUGUUUCUGUCAGUGAUGGAGGUCUAUCUUCAGGAGGUGUAGUUGGAAUAGUGUUUGGUGUCCUGCUGUGUAUUGUUGUUGUUGUGAUUGUGAUUCGCCGCAUUAACUAUGAACCUCAGAAUGGAAAGGUUAAAGAGAAGACUGUGCUUGAGAACUGGAGUUCUGUCACUCUUGAGUCUGAUGUCACUGAACUCCAGUCUGAUGAUGUGAUCGAGUGGAGCUUUAGAGAUAAAGUGAUAGUCAUAUUCAGUAUGAACAACAAGCUCUUUACUGAUGAACAGAGAUUCAGAUACAGACUAGAGGUGGAUGAUCAGACUGGAUCUCUCAUCAUCACAAACAUCAGAACAGAAGACGCUGGACUGUAUAAAGUAAACAUCGGCAGCAGCAGUCGACUGAAAUCAUUCCUUCAGUUCAUCACCGGUGGAGGACCAUCAUACUAUCAGUUCAGUGUUAUAGUCACAGAUGAAGAGAGGAUUGAAGCAGUAGUGGUGCCAGAUUCUGUUUCUCCAGAGAUUGAUGUUACUGAAAUGGAGACUGGUGAUGUGAGAGCAGGUGCUUCAUGUAUUGUUUAUGUCAGGGAUGUUGUGACAGAUUCAGCAGGAUCAGCAGAAGAUGACUCCCCAACAGUUGUGAAGCCUUUACUGAAUGAAGUAGAAGAUAGAUGCUCAACAUCACUUCUGUUCCAUCAUCUAAAGCAGCGUGUCUCGAUGGAAGCAACAUGUUUUAAUUCAGAUAUUCUUUGUGGAUUAUCCAGUCAUGAUAAAAUGUUUACCUGCAGAACAUUUCGUAAUGCAUCAAGAGCAGCUAGAGUUUGUGGUUUUAAUGAAGCCUUGAAUGUUUUUGACCACGCACGAACACAUACCAUGUGAUGAUUUCAGCCAAUCACAGCAUGUUCAGCAGUUGAGCGCGACAGUGAGCACCGCAAGAUAUGCUCACAGUCCCCGUGACGUGCAUACAAAAUUCUGCUGCUUCACGCCGGACAAAGCUCUUCACGGCACUCGUAACCAAAUAUUGAGAAACAUCUCAUUAAGUUCUUAUUCUCCUCGAGAUGCGAGCAGCACCUUGUCUGUAUGAAACGUUUGGAAAAGUGUGUACUUUUACCCUUACUUGAGUGUUUCUCUUAAAGAAAUCUGUACUUUUACUUCAUUACACUUUGUGAAGUUCCUUCAUUCCUGAGUGAAUGAUUCUUUUGAGUCGAUUCUUUUCAAAGCAUUUAUUGAACACUGGAGGAAACCAGCGGAACAGUUUCAUGAAUCAUUUCAAAUCAUUUGUCCAUAUAUUCCACUCAAGAGUUUUUCAUUUAACACUCACUCCUCACAGCCUGUGUCCUCACACUCUCUGGAGAAGACAAAUCUGUACAAGCUACUGCUUAAUCUAUAUAAAUACUAUUUAAAUGUUUAAUGCGUAGUCUGUCGUAAUGUAUUGUUUUAUUACUCUUUGUCUACUGUAACAGUAUUUUUGUAAGUCUGACUGAAACCUUUCUCUUUUAACACAAAAUAAGCUGUUAUUACACUUUCAAUGUCUUUACAAAAAAACGGAGUUAUGAAAAGAGUGUUUAUGUUUUGCAGACAGCUAGAUAGGUAAUGUAUAGUUUAUUUCUAUUUCCAGCACCGUGUCAUAAGAUGUUCUUGUAAAUAAUAACUAUAAUAUGCAUCACUGGUCAAUCCAUCCAU